GCCCUAUAUUGACCAGCUUUUUACAUUAUUAAAGCACACGUUGCAAUAUAGGGACCUGAUUCUUACAUUAUAAAAAAUACACGUUGCCCUAUACCAACCUGUUUCUUACGUAAUAGAUAGCUCACGUUGCCCUAUAGCGACCUGCUUCUUACAUUAUUGAAGCAUACGUUAUCCUAUAAUGGCCGGCUUCUUACAUUAUUAAAGUACACGUUGCCCUAUAGGGACCUGCUUCUUACCGUACAUUAAUUUAUGCCUAUUUCUUGGAUGAUUUUGAUAUGACCCAGGCGAAGGAACUGACAGGUUCGUCCUGAAACAAACAUUUUCUUUAUUAAAUUUUCAUUUUGUACUUUACAGUUAAACAACUAGCAGUUAGUAAUGAGCUGGACGAUAAAAUGAACGCAGAAAUGAGCCUUCUAUGCAAUAAGAGUGUAAAUACGUUCAAUCAAUCUGUUGAUUUAAAUAAAACAAUUCCAAAUAAUAUGUCUCAUUCAAACAAUGUUAAUGGAGCUAAUAGAGAUUCUUUGUCUAAUCAAUCUGACCUAAACAGAUAUAACGGAACAGAUGCAGAUAAAAAGCCUCAUCUAAGUAAUAUAAAUGGACCGCAUAUUUUGUCUAGUGAUUCGGAGAGAGAAAAUAAAAUAAAUACAAAUGAAAAGUCUAACGCCACUAUUUUUAGUGAUUUGAACGAUUGUUAUAAUAUUAAUGGUAUAGCGCGUACCCAGUUUGGUGGUUCUAAGGAAGAACACUCCAGUAAUCAUAGCGGAACAAGAUCGAGUUAUUUAAAACUACCUAAAUACGAACACACUCAUGAUAAACCGUACUCAUGUAAUAUUUGUGGUAAGAGUUUCAGAGUAUCUAGUAAUUUGCGGAAACAUAACAGAAUACAUACUGGUGAUAAACCUUACCCGUGUAAUGUAUGUGGUAAGAGCUUCAGUGAAUCUGGUUCUUUGCAAAAACAUAACAGAAUACAUACCGGUGAUAAACCUUACUCGUGUAAUGUUUGUGGUAAGAGCUUCAGUGAAUCUGGUGCUUUGCAAAAACAUAACAGAAUACAUACCGGUGUUAAACCUUACUCAUGUAAUGUUUGUGGUAAGAGUUUCAGUGUAUCUGGUGGUUUGCAGAAUCAUUACAGAAUACAUACUGGUGAUAAACCUUACUCGUGUAAUGUUUGUGGUAAGAGUUUCGCUAGAUCUGAUAAUUUGAAGACACAUAAAAUAAUACAUACCUGUGAUAGACCAAUCUUAUGUAAUGUUUGUGGUAAGACUUUCAGUGCACCUAGUGGUUUGCAGAAACAUAGCAGAAUACAUACUGGUGAUAAACCUUACUCGUGUAAUAUUUGUGCUAAGAGUUUCGCUAGAUCUGAUAAUUUGAUGACACAUAGAAGAAUACAUACCUGUGAUAAACCAUACUUAUGUAAUGUUUGUGGUAAGAGUUUCAGAGUAUCUUGUGGUUUGCAGAAACAUCAGAGAAUACAUACUGGUGAUAAAUCUUACUCAUGUAAUGUUUGUGGUAAGAGUUUCAUUGAAUCUUAUGGUUUGCAGAAACAUCAGAGAAUACAUACUGGUGAUAAACCUUACUCGUGUAAUGUUUGUGGUAAGAGCUUCAGUGAAUCUGGUGCUUUGCAAAAACAUAAUAUAAUACAUACCGGUCAUAAACCUUAUUCAUGUAAUAUUUGUGGCAAGAGUUUCAUUCAAUCUAGUGGUUUGCAGAAACAUAACACAAUACAUACUGGUGAUAAAUCUUACUCGUGUAAUGUUUGUGGUAAGAGCUUCAGUGAAUCUGGUGCUUUGCAAAAACAUAAUAUAAUACAUACCGGUGAUAAACCUUACUCAUGUAAUGAUUGUGGUAAGAGUUUCGCUAGAUCUGAUAAUUUGAAGACACACGAAAGAAUACAUACCUGUGAUAAACCAUACUCAUGUGAUAUUUGUGGUAAGAGUUUCAGAGUAUCUAGUGGUUUGCAGAAACAUAAGAGAAGACAUACUGGUCAUAAAUGUUACGAGUGUGAUGUUUGUGGUAAGAGUUACAGUGAUUCUAGUGCCUUGAGAACUCAUAAAAAACUACAUACUGGUGAGAAACCUUACUCAUGCAACGUUUGUGGUAAGAGUUUCAGUCAUAUUGGUUCCUUGAGGAGUCAUGAAAGAGUACAUACUGGUGAGAAACCUUAUUCAUGCAACGUUUGUGGUAAAAGUUUCAGACAAAGUGGUUCCUUGAGGGGUCAUGAAAGACUACAUACUGGUGGAAAACCUUUCUCAUGUAAAGUUUGUGGUAAGAGUUACAAUCAAUCAAGUGGUUUGCGGAGACAUAACAGAAUACAUUCCGGUGAUAAACCUUACUCGUGUAAUAUAUGUGCUAAGAGUUUCGCUAGAUCUGAUUAUUUGAAGAAGCAUAAAAGACAACAUACUGAUGAUCUAUAUAAAUCAAACAUUUGAUCGCUUAAAUUUAUUAAAAAACAAGCUCUUGUUAAACAUUUACAAAAACAAUGUAAUAACAUGGUAAUCAUCUUAACAUGGUAUCAUGGUUUUAAAAUUAAAAUUUUUAUAUUUUUAUAAUUGCUAAUAAAAUGGUCGCUAAAUACCUUUAUUUAUUUAUUUACGGUGUGUGUGAAUUGAUGCAUCUACUGUACCAUGGCCUGGUAUUAUUGUUGAUACAGUAGUAGUCGGCCGUGAAUGUACUCAAUAGCUCUUGUUUUUUACGUAUUAAUUUACAUUUUUUUUUGAGUAUUUGUAGUUUGAGUAUUAUUGCUGCAUCACUUUACAUAUAUUGUAACUGAAAUGAUUUGUGAGUGAUUGCCACAAAGAGUUUCUUGCCACUUCUUAUUAGAGCUCAACCCUCAAAGGAGGUGGAUAUAAAAAGAAAAGUCAUUUCCUUGACCUGCCUGAAUAAGGUGAUUUUGAUUAGAUUACCCUAAAGGAUUGAGCUUUUGAUUACUGUUAGUAAAAAUAUAAUAUUAAUUACAAGUUUAAGCAGAAUUAUCAAAUUGUAAGUAGAGGUAUUUGGUGAGUAUUGCAUGAUAUGUAGGAUCAUAUGGAUGUAUUAGGAUUAUUUUAUUGUUGUUUGCUAAGUUCUCGUAACAGAUUUCAUCAUGCUCGCUUAAAUGUCACUGCUUGUGGCGGCGCAUGGGACGGGGAUAUUUUAGGGAAGGGGACGCCCUUCCCUAAAAUAUGGUUGAGGGAGGCGAUGGCUGGCUCAUGCGUCAUGCUCGUGAACGGGCGCUGCUUGUGGUGGCGGGGUGAUCCUAUUGCCGGGGACUCGGUUUCAGAUUCUUUAAAGUUAUUGUGUAUACAUAUAUAUGUAUGGAUAUAUACAUGUUUAUUUAUUUAUAAUCGCUUAUAAAAUGCUCACAGAAUACCUUUAUUGAUUUAUGGUGUAUGUGGAUGAUGCAGCUACUGUACUCAAUAACUUUUGUAUUAAUUUACAUUUAUUUUUUUUGACUUACUCGUGUAAGACAUUGACUAUUUGACGUUUGAGUGUGUUUGUUCCAUCAUUUUACAUUUUACAAAUUAUAUUGUAAUUGAAAUGAUCUGUAAAUCUUGAUAUAAAAGAGUGGCAAUGAGUUUCUUGCUACUUCUUCUCAUUAGCUCAACCCUUUACGAAGUAGCGGUAGAUUCAAUAAGAAAAAUGUUUUUUUUUUUUGACAUUCGUAGGUGUAAUAUUCGUGACCUACUUGAAUAAACUCAUUUUGAUUUGAUUUAACCCUCACUUCUGGGAUUAAUGACACAUAUUAAAUUAUAUAAUUUUUUUACUAUCUAUUGUCACAGACAAGUCAUUGUUUAUACUUUAAUAUUGUGAGAUAUUUCAUUAUAUGUGUAGUUUAGAUAGACAUAAAUAUUGUCUCUGGUAUGACGUGAAUUGUGUAUAUGGCAGAACGUCAUAGGUUGGAAAAAUAACUGGUGGUUUGAAUCAUUACUCCUAACCCUGGAUAUUAUAGUGGCGACGAGUUGAUAAAAAUAAUUAGGUGCGCGUUGAGUGCCAGUGCGGAGAAUGUACGGUGUGAAUCAGCAAGUUAAGCGAGGUUGUUGUGAAGUGCGGUUGACAUACGCCGCCAGACCAAACAUGUACUAAAGCGAAUACCAUCAAAGACGAACUUAAAUUGCCUAUUCUAAACGCAACAAUAGGGGAUGAGGCAUAAGAGCCGCUUAUCUUGCUUGUUACGUAAUCUGAUAAUACAACUGACGCCAUCAGCUGAGUGAGUUAAAAAUACUAUAGACUGCAGAGCGUGAUUCAGCCGCGGUUGAGUGACUGAUGGAGAGGAGGGGGGGAUAGCGAUGCAGAGGAAUAUUAAAAUCACUUGUGUUUACGUGAUUAUAAGGCAGUAAUGUAGACGUACAGGACGACAUCGGGUCGGUACCAAUGCAGCGGAAGGUGACUUAGAGGAUCCUUCUUCUCUUUGCCCUUGAAGCUUCGGUUGGAACGUUUACAGUAGCGAAAUACACAGUUAGGAGUAUCUAACGAUUUGCUGUAACAACAACCAGAAAUAAAAGCAAACAUAACAUACCCCAAUCCGGCUGAUCACCGCGGGGUUGAUGACCAAUAUCCCCAAACAUUAUUAAUAAAAACUUAAAUAACACCAAAAACAAAUCAAUGAUGCUGUAUAUAGCAAUGCUCAAUACUAGAACAUUAAGUUCUCAAGAAUCUUUGAUAGAACUUGAACAAUCGCUACACAAUAUUAGUUGGAACAUAGCAUGGAAGAAAUACUGGAACUUAAAAGAAAUUAUGAAGGAUUAGAGAGACCGCGAAUACCAAUUAAAGCAAAAAGAAAAGUUUUUAAUGCAUGCAUUUUACCCAGUUUGGCCUACGGCUGUCAGACAUGGAGCCUAACCAAAAAAAAAACAUUAAAGCAUUAGAAACUUGUCAGCAUAGCAUGGAGAGAAGUAUGCUUUAUAUAAAAAUACAGGACAGAAUACGAAUUAUAUCCAUACUAGAGCAAACAAAAAUAACUGAUGUGAAUUAUUAUAUUAAAAACCGCAAUUGGAGAAGUAUAGGCCACAGGUUCAGGAACAAAAAGACAAAUGGUCAAAAAAACAUUACAGAAUGAUAUCCUAGACAACAUAAGAGGAAAAAAGGCAGACUACAAUAUCUUGGUUGGGAAGAUGAAUAAAAAAAGUAGCAGGUUGAAUCUGGUCGAGAAAAGCGACAAGUUUGGGGGAGGCCAAUGCCGUCAGGCUAGACAUCCAAUAAUAAGACGUCACGGUUGUGCCACGGUUCACGUCGGCUCCGCAAUUAAAAACGUUUUAAAAUUGUAUUAAAGUAGGUUCAGAUAAAUUAACUAGUUUUAUAAGUUGUACGAAGUGUGUGUGACUCAUAAUAUACUAUUUUCUAAGUUAAACGUGAGUGAUUGCAAUUUAAAAAGUUGUUAAGAUCUAGAAAAGGCUAAGCGACUGACAAGUGCUUCGAAAUAUUGAAUUAACUUUAGCUCCUUUAAAUUGUGUAAAGGUUUGGAAUGUGCAUAUUAGUGAUUUUAAAAAUAAUCUAGAAAGUGUGGAAAAAGUACUACGGGCGUAUAGCAAUCAAACAAAUGAUUUAAGUUUUCUUUAGUGUUAAUUCCGCCAAUAUUUGUUUUUUAACAAUUCGACACGUGUUUCGCCUCUACACGAGGCAUCCUCAGGACGUGUUGUCUCGUCAAAAUCUGGCACGAGACUGAGUCAGACUCAGUCUCGUGAAUUAACACUAAAGAAAACUUAAAUCAUUUGUAUAAUUAUGGAUUUCCGCAAAGUAAAGUUUCGAGAAAUUUUCGUAUAGCAAUCAAACAAUAAAGUGAAAGUGUUAAAGCAGUAAACAGUAAAUGUAUGCGUCUUAGACUUAACAUUUAAUUUGCACUAAUUAUUGAACUCACGGAUCAUUUAACUAUCCAAACACUGAUAUAUAAAAUUGAUACCGAAAUAAAAUAAAUAAUUAGGGUUAUAAGUGUACAAAUCAGACUUUAAAUUGCAAUACACCGUCACAAAAUUAGAAACUUAUUCAAUUUUGUGACAUUAUUUAUAUUAUUUAAUUUACAAUUACCUUCAGAUCCAUUUCCGCUUUCUGCGAACCAGUUGGUAUCAGGGGUCCUACACUUCAGUGGAUAGCAUCAUAUCUUAGCAACAGGCAAAAAUGUGCUGUUAUUGAUAAAAUAGAUGACAAUUGAGAUAUGGUCCCUUUCUUGUCCGAAUACAAGCACAGUAAAUGUGGCGUUCCACAAGGAAGUGUGCUGGGCCCUAACCAUAUAUAGGAUAACCAAACAUCAAUGUGUGUUAUUUGCUGAUGAUAUCACUAUCGUUGUAGCGCCUGAAAAAAUAAUAAUUGUAUCAAUAAUUAUGAAAUUGAAAUUAAUAACACUAUAAAUAAAUUAAUACAAUGGCUUGACAUAAAUAAUUUAAAAAUUAAUCUUAAUAAAUCCGUAUAUAUCAAUUUCAAUAAAUGUUAUAAUCCUAAAUACAAUAUACAACUAAAAAUAACAACAAUUAAAGAAGUAGCACAUAAAAAGUUUCUAGGAAUAAUAAUAGAUGAAAAUUUCAAUUGGAAAGAGCAAGUAGAUAAUAUAUCCAAGAGAAUAAAUAAGUUUGUAUAUGCGCUUAAGCAAGUCAAAAACGUAACAAGCUUAAAACUGCUAUAGGUGUCUUAUCACGCACAUGUAGAAUCGCUACUGUGCUACGGGCUUAUAUUAUGGGGAUACAGCACAGAUAUAAACAGAGCAUUUAUUGCCCAAAAAAAGUGUAUUAGGGCAAUGUACGGGAUGCGUCCUGAGCAAUCGUGUCAACACAUAUUUAAAAAAACUAGGAUUGUUACCUUUGCCGUCUCUUUAUAUCUUCAAGAUAUGUAUGUUUGUAAAAAAAAUAAAGAAUUGUUUAAAUCAGCUAAUGAUCUAAAUCCGCGGAACGUGAUCCACAAAGACUCGUCCUACAUGAUGUUCCAAAAAUUACUAAAUAUACUAAAAGUUGUGUAUGUAAUUGUGUUCGUGUUUAUAAUAAGUUAUCAAGUAGCACUAAAAAUUUAAUUUGUAGAUUAUUUAACAAUAAGCUAUAUAGUUGGCUAAAUGCUUAUAAUUUUUAUAGUGUUAAGGAAUUUAUGGAAAUGAAAUUCUGAUAUUCAUUAUAGUUAAAUAUUUGCAAAUAAAUAUAUUAUUAUUAUACCGGUGUAAAUAGUAAUUACCUACAAAUGAAAAUGAAAAAUAAAUAGAAUUUAAAUAUAGGUAAGAUUAAAUUAGUUACGUAAGUAAUCUUUGUACAUAAUUAAGGAUUGUAAAUAAAGGCUUUUAUUAUUAUAUAA